AUGUCCGAUGAAAAUGCUCAAAGUGAUCAAUUGCAUACUGAUGAACCACAAAUUACUCCAGAAAAUCAAGAUACAUCAACGCCGACAUCAAAAAAAAGGAAAAUUAUCAACGAAGAUAAUAGUAAAUUGGAUAAAGCCUUUAAAAUUCUGGAGUCGGCGGCAUCGGCCUCAGCUGAAAAGACUGAAAGUCAAUCAUUUGGACAGUUUGUUGGAAAGAAAUUAGAAACAUACAACCAACAAGUUAGAAGUAUUGUGCAAUAUGAAAUGUCAAAUAUUUUAUUUAAAGCAGAUUCUGGAUAUUUUAAUCAACAACUCACAUCAACUUAUCAAAAUAACCACUACCGUUAUAAUUCUGAUCCAUCAAAUUAUAAUUAUAAUUAUAAUUAUAAUCCACAUAAUUAUCCGACAAACAUACACACUUCACUGCCACACACAUUGCCAGCUCGUGAGACUAAUAUUACAUCUUUACCAGUACCACAAACAUCACCAGCUACAAUUACACAGACAUCUACACCACAUCCAUCACCUGCAAAUACUUAUUAUAAUUAUAAUCCACAUAAUUAUCCAACAAACAUACACACUUCACUGCCACACACAUUGCCAGCUCGUGAGACUAAUAUUACAUCUUUACCAGUACCACAAACAUCACCAGCUACAAUUACACAAACAUCUACACCACAUACAUCACCUGCAAAUACGUAUACCUCAGAAGAAUUGGAUUUUAGUGACAUUAUAGUGUGA